AACCAAUUAAGUAAGAUGAAGAUACUGUCACUUAUCCUGCUGACUGUCUCGUUGGCUGGCUCCUGCGCAGCUGUACCCCUUCCGGCUGGUCUGGAGUCACGCAUCACCAACGGGGACCUGGCCGUGGUGGGACAGUUUCCCUACCAGGCGGGUCUGAACAUCUCCUUUGGCAAUACGAGCACCUGGUGCGGCGGUACUCUGAUCUCCCAUCGCUGGAUUGUGACGGCUGCGCACUGCACUGAUGGGGCCGAGUCGGUCACCGUCUACCUGGGCGCCAUUAACAUCCAGGACGAGAACGAGCCCGGACAGAGGCGGUUCGAGGUGGCCAAGUCUGGGAUGAUUGUGCACACCAACUGGACAGCGAGCACGGUGGCCAACGACAUUUCACUGAUCCGGCUGCCCAUUCUGGUGCGGUUCACCGAUAGCAUUCGUUCUGCCGGUUUGCCGAGGCGGGUUAAUGGAUCGUAUCCCACCUACGAGUACCAGAAGGCCUAUGCCUCGGGCUGGGGACGCGACAGCGACAGCUCCGAUGUAGUGUCCCCGACGCUGCGCUUCGUGAAGAUGCCCAUUCUUCCGCAUACCCUGUGUAAGAUGUACUGGAGCGGGGCCGUGUCGGAGAAUAUGAUCUGUAUGAGCACCACCAGCGGCAAGUCCACCUGCCAAGGGGACUCCGGCGGCCCUCUGGUCGUCAUGGAGGGCAACGACACACCGACCCUAAUUGGGUCCACCUCCUUCGGCACCAAUAUGGGCUGCGAGGUGGGCUUUCCGGCGGUCUUUACGCGCAUUACCAGCUACCUGGAAUGGAUCAGGGAUCAUGUAAAGGUUUAAAUAAAAACGCAUGUACAUUUAUUUUUAUUUAA